AUGUAUGAUGUGGAUGGAGAGGAGGAGAGUGAUGAAAUUACCACUGACAUGUGGCAAGAAGCUUGUUGGAUUGUCAUCAGUUCGUAUUUUGAUGAGAAAGGCCUGGUACGACAACAAUUGGACUCAUUUGAUGAGUUUAUUCAAAUGUCUGUACAGAGAAUUGUAGAAGAUGCACCAACCAUUGAUCUUCAAGCUGAGUCUCAACAUACAUCUGGUGUAAUAGAAACUCCACCUAGAUAUGAGCUCAAAUUUGAACAGAUCUAUUUAUCAAAACCAACCCAUUGGGAAAAAGAUGGUGCACCUAGUCCUAUGAUGCCAAAUGAGGCUCGUUUGAGAAAUCUUACUUAUUCUGCUCCACUAUAUGUUGAUAUAUCUAAAACUGUACAGAAAGAGGGUGAAGAUAAAGUACAGACAUUACAUCAGAAAACCUAUAUAGGAAAAAUACCUAUUAUGUUACGGUCAACCUAUUGUUUACUAAGUGGAUUGACUGAUCGUGAUUUAACUGAAUUAAAUGAAUGCCCAUUAGAUCCUGGUGGUUAUUUUAUUAUUAAUGGAUCUGAGAAAGUUCUUAUUGCCCAGGAAAAAAUGGCUGCCAAUACAGUAUAUGUGUUUCAACAGAAAGAUUCCAAAUAUGCUUUUAAAACUGAAUUAAGAUCAUGUUUAGAACAUUCAUCUCGACCCACUAGUACCUUAUGGGUUAAUUUAAUGGCUAGAGGUGGUGGUGGAGCUAAGAAGAGUGCUAUAGGACAACGUAUUAUUGGUAUAUUACCAUAUAUCAAACAAGAAAUACCUAUUAUUAUUGUAUUUAGAGCUCUAGGUUUUGUAUCAGAUAGAGAUAUAUUAGAACAUAUUAUUUAUGAUUUUGAUGAUCCAGAGAUGAUGGAAAUGGUCAAACCCUCUUUAGAUGAAGCUUUUGUCAUACAAGAACAGAAUGUAGCUCUAAAUUUUAUUGGUGCUAGAGGAGCCAGACCUGGUGUAACUAAAGAAAAGAGAAUUAAAUAUGCUAAAGAAAUUCUACAGAAAGAAAUGUUGCCUCAUGUUGGUGUAUCAGAAUUCUGUGAAACUAAGAAGGCGUAUUUCUUAGGGUAUAUGGUACAUAGAUUGUUAUUAGCAGCUCUAGGAAGGAGAGAAGUAGAUGAUCGAGAUCAUUAUGGUAAUAAAAGAUUAGAUUUAGCUGGGCCAUUAUUGGCUUUCUUAUUUAGGGGAUUAUUCCGAAACUUGAUGAAAGAAGUAAGAAUGUAUGCUCAGAAGUUUAUAGAUCGUGGUAAAGAUUUUAAUAUGGAAUUAGCUAUAAAAACUAGAAUUAUUACAGAUGGUUUGAAAUAUUCUCUAGCUACUGGUAAUUGGGGUGAUCAGAAAAAAGCUCAUCAAGCUAGAGCUGGGGUAUCACAGGUGUUGAAUCGUCUGACUUUUGCUUCCACCUUAUCACAUCUGAGACGUCUGAACUCACCUAUUGGUCGAGAUGGUAAACUAGCCAGACCACGUCAAUUACACAAUACUUUAUGGGGUAUGAUCUGUCCUGCUGAAACACCAGAAGGCGCUGCUGUAGGUUUAGUCAAGAAUCUAGCUUUAAUGGCGUAUAUCUCUGUGGGGUCACAACCUUCACCUAUAUUAGAAUUUUUGGAAGAAUGGAGUAUGGAAAAUCUAGAGGAAGUAGCACCAUCUGCUAUCCAAGAUGCCUCUAAGAUAUUUGUUAAUGGUUGUUGGGUAGGAAUACAUCGUGAUCCUGAUCAGUUAAUGAGUACAUUACGUAAACUACGUCGUGAGAUGGAUAUUAUAGUAUCAGAGGUGUGUAUGAUUCGUGAUUUCCAUGAAAGAGAGAUACGUAUUUAUACUGAUGCUGGUAGAAUAUGUCGUCCAUUAUUAAUUGUUGAAAAUAUGAAGUUAUUGUUAAAGAAAAGUCAUAUUAAACAACUCAAACUGAGAGAAUAUAACAAUUAUAGUUGGCAAGAUUUAGUAGCUAGUGGUGUAGUAGAAUAUAUAGAUCCACUAGAAGAAGAGACCACUAUGUUAGCUAUGACACCAGAUGAUUUAGCUGAGAAAGAAGCCCAAUACUGUUCAACAUACACCCAUUGUGAAAUCCAUCCUGCUAUGAUAUUAGGUGUUUGUGCUUCUAUUAUACCAUUUCCUGAUCACAAUCAGUCUCCCCGUAAUACAUACCAAUCUGCUAUGGGGAAACAAGCUAUGGGUUUCUAUAUUACAAAUUAUCAUGUAAGAAUGGACACGCUAGCUCAUGGAUUAUUUUAUCCUCAAAAACCAUUGGUUACAACACGUUCUAUGGAGUACUUAAGAUUCAGAGAGUUGCCUGCUGGUAUUAAUUCUAUAGUUGCUAUUGCCUGUUAUUCUGGUUAUAAUCAAGAAGAUUCUGUUAUUUUAAAUAGUUCAGCUAUUGAUAGAGGAUAUUUCAGAUCAUUUUUCUUCCGAUCAUAUAAAGAUUCUGAAUCUAAAAAGGGCUUGGAUCAAGAAGAAAUUUUUGAAAAACCUACCAGAGAGCUUGUUCAAGGUAUGAGAGCAGCUAUAUAUGAUAAGCUUGAUGAAGAUGGUAUUAUUGCACCAGGUACCAGAGUGUCUGGUGAUGAUGUAUUAAUUGGUAAAACUAUUACGUUACCUGCUAAUGAAGAUGAGUUAGAAGGUACAGCAGCUAGGUUUAGUAAAAGAGAUUGUUCAGUAUUUAUGAGAAGAAGUGAAACUGGUAUUAUCGAUCAGGUUAUGAUUACUAUAAAUAAUGAUGGUUAUAAAUUCUGUAAAAUACGAGUAAGAACAGUAAAGAAACCACAGAUAGGAGAUAAGUUUGCUAGUCGACAUGGUCAAAAAGGUACUUGUGGUAUAACCUAUAGACAAGAGGACAUGCCAUUUACAUCUGAAGGUAUAACACCAGAUAUUAUCAUUAAUCCUCAUGCUAUUCCUAGUCGUAUGACUAUUGGCCAUUUAAUUGAAUGUUUACAAGGGAAGGUGGCGGCUAACAAAGGAGAAAUUGGUGAUGCUACACCAUUUAAUGAUACUGUUAAUGUACAGAAAAUAUCCAAUUUGUUACAUCAAUAUGGCUAUCAACAGAGAGGCAAUGAGGUAUUAUAUAAUGGAUUUACUGGGCGUAAAUUAAAUGCUCAGGUAUUUUUGGGUCCUACCUAUUAUCAACGUUUAAAACAUAUGGUAGAUGAUAAAAUACAUUCCCGUGCCAGAGGCCCAUUACAGAUCUUAAAUAGACAACCAAUGGAAGGUAGAUCACGUGAUGGUGGUCUACGAUUUGGUGAAAUGGAACGAGAUUGUCAGAUUGCUCAUGGUGCAGCUCAGUUUUUAAGAGAAAGAUUAUUUGAAGCCUCAGAUCCCUAUCGAGUACAUGUUUGUAAUUUCUGUGGAUUAAUAGCUAUAGCUAAUCUUAGAAAUCAAACAUUUGAAUGUCGUGGUUGUAAAAAUAAAACUCAUAUAUCACAGAUUCGUAUACCAUAUGCCUGUAAAUUACUGUUCCAAGAAUUGAUGUCUAUGAACAUAGCUCCUAGAAUGAUGACCAGUUAA